AUGGUCCGGCUCACGUCCCUGGCGGUCUCCGGGCUCGCUCUAUUUACCGGAAUCGCGUCGGCGGUCGCGACGCAGAGAGACGUCGAGUCGCCCGAAUUCACCACCUUCUCGGUCCCCGAACACCCGCACCACGCGAUACGCAUUAAGGAGCAGAGUGACGAAAUCUGCGAUGCGGGCUCGAGGCAGUGGACCGGCUGGCUGGACACUGGCGGAAAGCAUCUGUUCUUUUGGUACUUUGAGAGUCUGAACGAUCCGGAGAAGGAUCCUCUCAGCCUGUGGAUGACGGGCGGCCCAGGUGGCAGCGGCCUCGUUGGUCUCAUGCUUGAAUUGGGGCCCUGCCUGAUCAACGACAACGGCACGGGCACUGUUCACAACCCAUAUGCCUGGAACAGCAACUCGUCCAUGAUCUUUGUCGACCAGCCUGCCGGCACGGGGCUCUCCUACUUCGACAAGGGCGUCACCCCGCCCGCGACGUCCUAUACGGCCGCCGAGGACAUGAACAUCUUCCUCCGCAUCUUCUACAAGGCCUUCCCGCACCUGGCCACCCGGCCCUUCCACAUCGUCGGCGAGAGCUACGGCGGCCACUACAUCCCGACGCUCGCCGCCGAGAUCGUGCGCUACAACACCGGGUCCCCGGCCCCCGACUUCAAGGUCCCGCUGGCGUCCGUGAUGAUCGGCAACGGCUACGUCUCGCCCGCCGACACGACCUGGGGCUUCUACGACACGCUGUGCACGACGAAGCCCGGCGUGCCCGAGCCCGUCUUCAACGCCAGCAGCUGCGCCAAGAUUGCCGCCGCGCUGCCGCGUUGCAUGUACCUCCAGGAGGCGUGCUACAAGUACCCGGACCCCAUCGUCUGCCACGCCGCAGGCGACUUUUGCUUCCAGAACAUCGACAUACUGUAUUACCAGGACGUCAAGCCGGGCGGGCGGAACCCGUACGACAUCACGCGGCCGUGCGAGACGGAGAACAUCUGCUACGGCGCUGGCGAGGGCAUCGAGACAUACAUGAACUCGGACCGGAUCCGGGCCGCGCUCGAGAUCCCCGCGGGAGUUGGCCGGAACUUCAGCCUCAUCUCGUGGGAGACCAACCGCGCGUUCGACCUCGCGGGCGACAUGUCCAUUUCCACCGAGACGGAGGUUAAGUACAUGAUGGAGUCGGGCGUCGACGUGCUCAUCUAUAACGGUGAUCUCGACCUUGCAUGCAACACGGCGGGCAACGUCCGGUGGACCAACAGGCUGUCGUGGGCCGGGCAGGUCGAGUUCAACGCCAAGGAGUUCGAGCCCUGGUUCGCGGUCAAGGGCGGGGAGAGGGUGCGCGGGGGCAAGUGGAAGCAGGUGACGAAGCCGACGAGGGGCGGCAAGGAGACACGGUUCACGUUCGUGACAAUCGAUGGGUCAGGACACAUGGUGCCGCUGGACCAGCCCGAAGUCGGGCUGGAGAUGGUGAGGAACUGGCUGUAUGGUGAUUUCGGCAAGGCUACCGAGGGCGGUGUCGAGGUCAAGCUGGCCGGGAACGAGGAGCAUUUUGUGUCGUUGGAGCUGUGA